AAAAGUUUUGUUUUUGGAAAUACAUAUUCUUUGCGUAAACCAUAAACAAUUAUAAUAGAACCAUUUACUGUGUUCUGAUUUCUGCUAUAUUCAACACUAUCCUGCCGUGCUGAUUCACUCGACAGCUGGCAGUUUGACUUUCCGAGACUAAGCAUCAUCGGCGUUCCUCGCAAUCAUUGGCUUUUACCAUGUCAGGAACCUUCUCCCUUUCUCCACGGAAUCCUGAGCGAACGCAAUGGCGAACGACACUUGGAGGAAUCGCGGACCAGAUGAAGCAUAUCUUGAUCACCGGUGAACUGAGCGAUGUGCAGUUCGCUGUCGGGCGUGAGUAUGGCGACGAGAAGAUCUUCUCCGCUCACAAGUUUGUACUAGGCCUGGGCAGCGACGUUUUCUACACUAUGUUUAACGGGGGUUUGCCAGAGACUGGCAACAGGCCCAUCGAUGUCCCGGAGAUUCUACCCCAGGCUUUCGCCAACAUGCUCAAGUAUCUCUAUACUGGUACCUUGGAUGAAGAACUCACAGCCGAAGAUAUCUUGCAAACCAUUUACUGUGCGGACAAAUACAACUUACCGCAGCUGACGGAUUUGUGCUUGCACUGCGUUAAUACCCACUUCAACGCUGACAACUGUCUGCUCUUCUUGGAAAAGGUUAAAUCUGCACCGCACGAUUGCUUUGCUGGUUUAUUGGAGAAGUGCCUGGCAGUGGUCGACGCACACGGCCGCGAUGUUGUGAAGGCGGAGCAGUUCAGCUUGAUCGGGCAGGAUACGUUGGCAAUGAUCCUACAGCGCAGUACGUUGGCCGCUGAGGAGAGCAUCAUCUACGAGGCCGUGGAGAAGUGGUCUAGGGAAGCCUGUCAGCGGGGCAAUCUGGAGUCCUCGCAGAUCAACCGUCGAUGGGUGUUGGGUCCGGCGCUGUUCUUCGUCCGUUUCCCGCUGCUGACCGAUGCUCAGUUGAUUAGCGGACCCGUCGCGAGCGGACUGCUGCUGGAUUCCGAGGUGCGGGGUAUCUAUCAGUUUAAGUAUUCCCACUUUGGCUGCCAGCUUCCCUUUCCGACGGAGCCGCGAGAGGGUACGGUGUUGAACGUCGCCAGCGGCGGCGCCGAAUUCACCUACAAGGAGAAAGUGUUCGUUGACGUUGGUUCGCCUGAUGAUCUCUGGGUUCCCGCACUGAUUGUCGGGAUAAGGGGAGCGGAGUUUGCCAUUACGCGGGUGGGAGGAGAAACAGUGGAAUGGUACGCCAUGCACAAGAUCGUCCGGGCCUCGGACAUUCUGCAGAAAGGUCAAAAGAUUACGCUGUACGGUGAGGUUCGUGAAUCGGACGGCACUUAUGUUGGUUGCCGCGCGAAAGAUGUGCACGUCGUAAAAUACGGUCUGUGCGGUCGCUCCGAGUGGUCAGGACCGCUGUGUGACCUGCGGAUGAGUCGCGAACAGAUAGCGGAGUGGAAAUCCUCCAAUGCAUCACAGCUGGCCCAUGUCGAAUUCCAACGCCGAUUACUGAAUGAUAAACGCUGGUGACUGAUGCAGUUUCACUCCGCCCUGACGCACUCAGUGUUUGUGAAUUUUCGAAAUUUUGUUUGGCGAGUGUUUGAACGGUCGAAUCUUGUUAUAAUUGUUAACUAAAUAUUUUGCUCGUGCAAGAAACGGAUUGUUUGAUUUUGUUGUUAAUGUCUCCAUUUGGAGUUUGCGUUUGGCCUGAUUUUUCGCGAUUUGGAAUAUCAUAUUCUGCAACAGUGUCUAUAUAACUGCUGCCUGUUUGCUUGAA